UUUCGAUGCAAUGAGCAAACCAACACACAAAAUGUUUAAGUCGCGAGUGAAAAAGGAGAAACCAGCGCGGAAGCGUGCCAUAGAGGACGGCGACGUGGACGAUGGUGACGCGGAACUUUCGCUUGAGGAGCUGAGGGAGCUGAAGGAAGACCAGAAGUUCCGGGAACGAAAGAGGCUGCAAAGCGAUGGUCGCAAGACGACCACCGCGGCGACGGAAGCGACGACCUCCGCCACGUCCGACUCAUCCCUGUCGACGUUGGAUGGACAGUUCAUGACCCAGUCUGCCGACUUACCCGUCGAUCCAUUUGAAGCGAUCAAGAACAAGUACAUUGAAGCCAAACUCAAAGAAAAGUAUGCCCCAACGACGACAACUGACUCGCCAAUCAUAUCAAAAGAGAGGAGCGAAGAGUUGGAGCUUUACUCUAUCCCCGAGCAUUUGCGCCACCAGCCGACAGACCAUUCAGUCCGUGCUCGUCCUAUAGAUACGAGGCUGACAUUGCAGUACCAUAGGCUGAGCGUGGUAACAUUCUGUCCAAGGGCUCUGGCAUCCCUGAAAUUGAACUGGGUGCAGUUGAUCCUGCAAAAGCAUUGGAAGCGACAAAGGAGGCUCUAAAGGGGCGUGCCAUUCACGAGAGUCACCACCAUUCGUCCAGCACGGGGCUGCCUGUUAACAUGAGCGUGAACUAUACGCAGCACAAAGUAGAUCAUUUGACGAAGCCCAAAGGUGGGCGACUACUACUAUGCAUCAUCACGGACGAGUCUGAACCAAUCGCUCGUAGAGGGCAUAUCGAACGACCAGCAGCUGCAGAAAGACUGAGACCAUCGAUCGUGGCCUCCUCCUCCUCACCGACUGUGUACACCCCCCGACCACCCAUUUCGAUGGCGGUAUAGACUUGUUGGCUAAUAAAGCAAUGCCAACAUGUCAUGGUCA